AUGGAGGUUCUUUCUUAUCUCCGGAUGGAUGGAACUUUCAACCAAGAGUUUCCAUUAUCACUUUUGAGAGAAGGAAAGAAGAAUGAGUGUUAUUCCUUUGUUCUUAAGUUGUCAACGGAUCGUUGGCCAUUGAGUGUCAUGUUUGCCCUUAUGUCUUGUGUGUUUGGGCCAACAUUGGCGUCUUCAAUUGUCAACAGCUCUUUGGGCCUCAACACCUUUCUAGUUGGGAAACUGAUUGUGAAAAGGAUGAGUGAGGUUACCUUUCUUUGUGGUCAGCCGUUAGGUUACUACUCCUCAUGGUCACUCUUUGGAUUAUCCCACCACUAUGUAGUGUGGUUGGCAGCAAAACGAGCUUACCCGCAGAGAACCACCCUUUUUAAGGACUAUGCCGUACUAGGUGAUGAUAUCCUAAUCACUGAUACACUUGUGGCACAACA